CUUCCAUGUGGUACACCCUCAACAUCAUCAUCGGCAGCAACAGCACCCCAAAACCAGGGAUUUCUCUUCAGCUCAGUGCCACAACUGUAUUCUUCCAGGACUGCUGGAGACCGUUUUUCCAGUCUGUCGUCAGCCUCAUAGCCAUAACAGAACACCUCCUGUGUGGGUCUCAUUUUGCCGCAAGAUACUUCACCACCCUACAGUACCUUGGCUUCAAUUCUGUGCUGUCAGCUGAAUUUGUGGACAUGACUGACCUGAACACACUUGUGGAGCUGAGGACAAACAGCUGUAUAGUUUCAGCAGGCGUGACAUGUAAAAACGAGAAUGGAAUCCAGAACUUUGCCAGGUACUCAGCAGCCAACUGUUCCCUGGAUGUGGGCUUUGUCCUGUUCCUCAGCACCUCGGGGGCCUGCUCCUCUUCAUGCUGGUGGUGCUGCUCCGUCAGCUGGCUCGGGAAUACCUGCUGGCCUUCUGCCACAUCAUCCUCGCCUGGCUGGAGGCUGUACGGAGGCCCAACCCCAGGGGGCGCUAUUGCUAUGAUGCCUUUGUAUUGUACAGUGGGAGAGACGAGCGCUGGGUGGUGGAGCAGCUGCUUCCGGGCCUAGAGCAGAAGGAGCCUCCUUUCCUGCGUCUAUGUCUGCACAGCAGGGAUUUCCAAUUGGGGAAGGACAUUGUGGACAACAUCACAGACAGCCUCUACGGCAGCCACUACACCGUGUGUGUGGUGAGUCGUAACUACCUGCGCAGUAACUGGUGCUCCCUGGAGCUGCGGCUGGCCACACUCUGUUUGCUGGUGGAGCAAAGGGUCAUCAUUAUCUUGGUCUUCCUGGAGGAAAUCCCCCCUCGCCAGCUGUCUGCCCACCACCGCCUGUCUAGGCUGGUCAAGACCAGGACCUGAGCUCUAGGACCAUGACUCAGGACUACCUAGCCUGAUGACUCCUUGCUGACCCCAGUCCACCUGGCCAUGCUGCUGCUCCAGUUUCAACUGUUCUGCCUGCGGCUAUGGAA